GGCCGCCGCCACCGCUGCUCUCUCCUCUGAGCACAGUUCCCCCUCACCACCACCACGGGCGAGGUGUUACUUCAAGGCACACUGUUAUAAACACCACUCACGCCUUCCUUAACUAUCAGCAGUGACGCGCCUCCUUCAACAACACUUGUGAAGUCAUCACCACCACACAACAACCAUUUCGCACCUUCAGCAUAUAGAUAAGAUAGUGUUUUCCAAAGGGGUGACAAGAUAGAAUAUUGAGAAGGAAGAUAAGUGUGGCGACUGGCUGACGAAGAGCAGGUGUUGACCCCCUAAGGUAUCAGGGGAGUGUAGAGCAGGAUGCUGAGGUGGCCGGUGGCGAGGGCAGUGCUGGGUCAGAGUGGGCCAGGCCGGGUUAUUCAGGGCCUCACAGAAGCGGGUCAUAGAGCACCAGGGACCACUAAAUGUCUCGGCACCACCGCCCGGGUCAGCUCGGCCGGCUCACAGGUGCAAGAAUUGAAGGAUGAGGGUCACACACAACCCGCCACCGCCAAGAAGCCUAGUCGUCCACCUUUUAUCAAGAAUCUUUUCUUGGGAAGGUUUGAUAAGGAGAUGUUGGUAUUCCCAGAAGUACUGGAUAAGGAACAGCAUGAACUGUUGCAUGAGAUGAUUGUUCCUAUUGAACGAUUCUUUAUAGAGCAAGUGGAUGGAGUCAAGAUUGAUAAGGAAGCAAAGAUCCCACCUGAAACACUCCAAGGACUCAAAGAAUUAGGGUUAUAUGGUCAACAGAUUCCAGAGGAAUUUGGUGGACUUGGGCUGGGUGCCACAGAAUAUGCACGCAUUGCUGAAAUCACUGCUUUAGAUGGGUCUAUUGGUGUUACUCUUGCUGCUCACCAGGCCAUCGGAUUGAAGGGCAUACUGAUCACAGGAACAAGAGAACAAAAAGAGAAAUACUUGCCUCGCUUGGCAUCUGGUGAGUGGACAGCAGCUUUCUGCCUUACCGAACCCAGCAGUGGGUCUGAUGCUGCUUCUAUCCAGACCAAAGCUAAGCUUUCAGAAGAUGGGAAAACCUGGCUGCUGAAUGGGAGCAAGAUCUGGAUAUCUAAUGGUGGCUCUGCAGAUUUGAUGACAGUCUUUGCUAAAACUCCAGAAAUACGUCCUAAUGGUGAAAUAGACGAAAAAGUCACAGCAUUCAUAGUGGAAAGAGGAUUUGCAGGAGUGAGUAGUGGUGCUCCCGAAGACAAGAUGGGGAUCAGAGGAUCUGAUACGUGUGAGGUGUAUUUUGACAACACUCCAGUGCCUGUAGAGAAUGUUCUUGGGGAGGUUGGAGGUGGCUUCAAGGUAGCCAUGAAUAUUCUCAACUCGGGUCGCUUUUCCAUGGGCAGCUCUGGUGCAGGGAUUAUGAAGAAAUUGAUAGGUUGGUCCAUGGAGCACGCUGUAACCCGAAAGCAGUUUGGUUCCCACCUCUCGGAUUUUGCAUUAAUAAAAGAAAAGUUUGCACGCAUGAGUGUUGCCACUUAUGCCAUGGAAUCUAUGGCAUACCUGACGGCUGGAGUCCUAGACAGCCAAGAAAAUGCUGACUGUUCAGUGGAAGCAGCUCUUGUUAAGGUGUUCAGCUCUGAGGCUGUAUGGCAAUGGGGGUCUGAGUGUCUGCAGAUUUUGGGUGGCCUUGGCUACAUGAAAUCUUACCCGUUUGAACGUUACCUCCGUGACUCUCGCAUUCUCUUAAUCUUUGAGGGAACAAAUGAAAUUCUUCGGCUGUUUAUAGCUCUAACUGGAUUGCAUCAUGCGGGACUUGAGCUGCGUGAGAUGGUUCGAAAGCUGCGUAAUCCUGUAAUGAAUCCUGGUUUUAUAUUCACGAAGGUCAUCGAGAAAUAUCGACAACAAAAAGAUUAUCCCAAACUGGAUUUAGAAUUGGCAAGUUACGUUCACCCGACACUAAAACCAGGAGCUGAUGUUCUUGAGUACUCUGUGAAGCGCUUCCAAUACAGUGUGGAGACAGUGUUAGCCAGACACGGGAUGAAAGUAACUGAUCCCAAGAAUCAGAUGGAAUUGGCUCGUCUGGCCAACUGUGCCAUUGAUAUUUAUGGCAUGACUGCUGUGCUGGCGCGUGCAUCACGUUCGUACUGCAUAGGCAUUGCAAAUUCUUCGCAUGAGGUGCAACUUGCCUUGACAUUUUGUGAUGAGGCUUCUGCUCGUGUCAAGAAAAUGGUGAAGGACAUUGAAGAUGGCCCACGCCUCAAUAAUGACAACAUUUAUAUCAAAAUUGCCGACACUAUGAUUGAAAAUAAAGGAUAUGCUGCCGAGCACCCUUUGACGCGCGUCUUCUGGUGAUAGGAGACUAUAACUGAUGAAACAGUUUUAAGUAGAUAUGUAAAAAUUUUGUGUUGGCUAAAUUAUUUUUAAACUACUAUCCAGACUUUUGAGUAAUCUAGUUACAGUAUAUAAAAACAUAAUUUGACGUUUUAACAUUUUAUUACAUGUAAAUACUAGAUGAAGUGUAAAUAAAUUGAAUUUGUAAGAAAAUAAUGUGGUUAUAACACUGUAUUGCAUUACUCUGUAGAAAGGAGGAUUCCAGUCUGUGUAACCUGACAUGACUGUGAAAUUAGUAACUAUGCUGGGAGUAUCCUACUUUAUGACUACUUGCAAGUAUUUCACACACUUGUAUAUGAGAACAAGUGUAUCCACAAAGGGUUCAAGUGUAAUUUAAAGAGAAAGUGGUAUUUAAUAGAAAAUAUUCAGUAUUACUAAUUUCCUCUCCCUUCAUUGUUACUGCAUAAUAUAUACUAAGAGUUUAUUAUAUUAUCUUUAUUAAAUGGUUGCCAUUAACAAGUGACACUGUAUACAAUAGCUUCUAUUUGCUAGGUUUUCUGGCAGUAAAAUAAUAGUAAGAGUUUUUGUGUGGUGUAGACACCACAGUAUUCUUGAGCCACUUGUUCAGGACCAUUGUCAGGUCUGGAACUCAAGUUUUUUCCAACAUUAGAUCCAAUGUGUGUAUGAUCAGGUACCAUCAAUAAUCUAUGGAAGUAAUACAUUGAAAA